UGCCUCCCUUGACUAAUGCGCGGAUUUCGAAUUCAACUUGAGCCAAUAUUUAUUUUCUGCACACAAAAAUGAAUGUUGACAGUCCAGAAAACGAGUGGGAACUAAGUAAAGAAAACGUUCAACCUCUUAGACAAGGCCGGAAAAUCUCAAGUUUGAAUGCAGGAUUAAAAGUUAAUACAGGCGAUCAAAUUUCCAGGAUAAAAGACGAAAAACACGUUUUUGAAGCAGAGCUCAGAACAUAUUCUGGAGAUGACCCUAUUGAGGUUUGGUAUAGAUAUAUACUAUGGGCGGAGCAGACAUUUCCCAAAGGAGGUCGGGAUUCUAACUUGACCACAAUAUUAGAGAGAUGUGUAAGGCAGUUUAGAGAAGUGGAGAAGUACAGCAAUGAUGAAAGAUAUAUUUAUGCCUGGAUGAAAAUGGCUGAUGUGUGUAAUGAUCCACUGGAAAUUUAUAGCUUCAUGUUUGAUCACAAUAUUGGUUGUGAGCUCAGCUGUUUUUACGAGGGAUGGGCUAGCUUGCUGGAACAGCUAGGCAACUACAAGAAGGCUGACUCUGUCUAUCAGAAUGGUCUAAAGAGAAAUGUUAGACCAUAUGAGAACCUGAAACAUAGACAUGAAGAUUUUCAGAAGCGUGUAGCUCGCAGAAUGAUGAAUGGUGGAGAUGAUUGUACUGAUGCCUCGGAGGAAGCUGAAGGUCAACAUAGGCAAGUGUUGUCACAGCUGAGAACAAUAGGAAAACAAAAGAAAGCACCUGUUGCUAGGACAGGCAGUGCAGUACGAGGCAGUGCUGGUGCAUUAACUGGUGCCCGGCAAAAAAUCACACCACAAGUGGGUUCAUCCGGGAUACAGAUAUUCUGUGAUGAGAACCAGGACCCAGCCUCACUUCCACCACAAACAGGUCAGUGGUCAUCAAUCCCUAAACGUGAUGUGACAAACAAAGAGAAUGAGAAAAAGGCUGGUGUUUGGACAAAGACAAAGCUCAAGGUUUCAUCAUUUCAUACUUUUUGUGGAAAAUCUCUUAAUUUUAUCAAAUAUUUUUGUUUCUGUUUCAGAACACCAGCAAAAUUACCAGAGAUUGGAAAUCAAGUUCUAAGUUGUAGGAAAGCAGACAAGUCAACAACCAGUAGUGUUUUACGAACGAUGACGUCUGCUCAGGACAAGAGUGAGCAGGCGAUGUAUUGUAAAGAUAAGAUAUACUGCGGUGCAGAGGAAUACUCGUUUGAGGAGUUGCGUGCAAUUCGCUGGGUGAAAAGAAAAGAACGAGAGGAGGAGGAAAGAGCUGUACAAGAUUUGUUUCUUUGCAGGCAGGCAGAGCUUCAGCGUCAUCAGGAGAUGUUGGAGAGAGAUAUACAAAGUCGACUUCAGGAACAGAAUGUACGAGCACAGGGUCUGGCAUCUGCCUCAAAAUCUCAACAGUCAGCACGCCAGUUGAUGUUUGAAGAAGGAGGUCACGGUAACACAGAAAAUUUGCCACCACAUGUGAUAUCACAGCUCCAAGCUUCCAGCAGUAAGCACCCGAUGCAGCAACAACAGCAUCAACAGCAACAACAACAUCAUCAACAACAGCAACAACAUAACUUGUCUGCUGGGAACAAAAGUCUAAACUCCAGCAAUAGAACACCAAAUUCAUUUGCAAACAGUAGUCAAGCGCAGUCCGUAGAGAGUUUUGAUAGGACAAUGAGUGGGGCACCAUCUCCCACUGUGAACACUAGAGAAGCCAUGAGGAUUGUUAUGGGAAUGUUUAAUACAUCAUUAGAAAUGGGAAAAGCUACAAACUCAGAUGAUGUUCAAAUGGAUGAGUCAGAACCGCCAGCUCAAGCUGCAGCUGGGGCAGGAAGUGGUCUCCCUUUCAUGAUUUAUGAUGAGUCUAAGGAACAAAAGAAAAAAUCACCGCCAAAACCUUUUGCUGCACCUUUUACUGUAUUUCAUGAUGAAAAUAACAGUUCUGUGACAAACACUUCCAACCAACAUGCAAGUAUGAAACAUACUUUUAAUCAACAGUCCAAGGGUACAACUUCUGAAAAUGUGAGGGAUACAAAGAGACAAACUUUGCCCCUGUUUGAUGAUGAGAAUUUUGAUGGAAUAGAGUCACAUCCUAGAGAUGACAUCACACUAGCACCUAUAGGUUCUCACCUGAGCUUUGCUGCUGCAGCCAAGAUAGCCUCUACACCUUUUAACCCAAACUCAUCAGGUGGAGCUCGUGUUUCUCCAAAUCUUGAUCUGAGCGACAUAGAGAUGCAGGAAGAUAACAUUAAACAGGAACCAGUGGAGCCCGCACCAGUACAGGGAACCAGUGCAGAGGAAAUGGAUCAUCAAGAGAGUAAUGACCAGACAGCCAGUAAUUCUUCCUCAAACUCAUUUAGGAAAAAUCUUAGCCCAAUAAUGGAGGGUUCGUCGGAGGAUUCCGGUGCUCACAGCAAGUCCAGUAAUCUUCAUCAUACCACUUUAGAGUCACAUCACAUACAACCGAAGGUACGUCUUACACCGGUCUUGGACCAGUCUGAGGAUACCAGGAGUCUUCUUCAAGCUCUAGAUGACGGGAACCAGUCCACGCACGUUAUUGAUACAAGUGCUUACGUGGAACCAGAGAUGGAUGAGAAAACUGAACAUUUGUUGUCAAUGUCGGUGUGUAUCGUGGAUCCGAAAGACCCGUUCGACAGAGAGGAUAGGGAAAAAUUGUUGUUACAUCUGAAAACGCCUCUUCACCAUUAUGAUACCUAUAAUCAGCUUGAUGAACAUAUGCCAAAUAUAAAGAAAGGAAAUAUUCUGUCAUUAGGGUUGGAAGUGUAUGAAGUGGUAGAGAAAAUAGCUGAAGGAGGGUAUGCGAAAAUAUUUAUUGUUGAAGAUAAUGAACUUGACUUAGGAACUAGAAUGAUGGAUUCUGACCUCCCUGUAAAAUCUUCCCUUGCUAUCAAGGUGGAAGAACCGGCACAGAAAUGGGAAUUUUAUAUCUGCAAUGAGCUUUACAAUAGACUCUCCAAACUGAAUGAUCCUGUUGAUGUGAGACCAAGUGUAAUGCAGAUAAAUAAUGGAUAUUUCUACAAGAAUGGAAGUAUCUUAGUGACAGAGUAUCAGCCUAAUGGAACUUUAUUGGAUCUGGUCAAUUCAUGUAAGAAGAAGAACCUUCAGUCCGAUGCUAUAAUUCAACAUUUGGAGCCUGUGAUGGCUUAUAUGACAAUAGAACUACUACAUAUAGUAGAGAACAUACAUAAAUGUCACAUUAUACAUGGUGAUAUCAAACCUGACAACUUUCUUGUACUUAAAUUCCCACGAUUACCAGUAAGCGAUGAUCCAAUGGUUGUGUUUGGUGGUGCUAGCAGGUUUGUACAGCUGAUAGACUUUGGACAGAGUAUAGACAUGACAAAAUACCCGUCUGGUACCACGUUUCUCACCAAGGUAAACACACAGUGCUUUCAGUGUAUCGAGAUGAAGACCAACAGACCGUGGACAUACCAGACGGACCUGUUUGGACUGGCUGGUACCAUACAUGUUAUGGUGUUCAAUCAAUAUAUGAAAGUGUACCAGGAAGGAGGUGUCUGGAAAAUGACAUCAAAAUUCACAAGAAAUUGGAAUACUACCUUGUGGAAGAAAUUGUUUCACCAGUUACUUAAUGUGCCAAGUAGUGAUGAUCUACCAGAUUUAGCUGAUCUGAGACACGAGUUUGAAAAUUACUUUGUUAAUGACCUGUUACAGAAAUAUAAUACACAGUGUGGUUCGUUCAACCAAAAUAUUGCCAAUUAGAUGAUACCAGUUGAUGAUGGUUGAUUCCAAAUUUAUAGAAGGGAAAGUGAAUGCUGUCUGAGAUGGAAUCCUUGACUCAAAUUAAUAGUGACUUACCAUUCACACUAAUGGAAAUAUUUUUACUUUGAGUUAUUAUAUUUUUACUUUGAGUUAUAAUAUUUUUGGCAUAAAAAUCAUAACAUUUUGACUUUCAGUAAUUAUAUUUUUACUUUGAAUUAUUAUAUUUUUGGCAUGGAAUCAUCACAUUUUGACUUUCAGUGAUCAUAUUUUGACUUGAACUUAUUGCAUUUUGACUUUCAGUUAAUUAUUAUAUUUUGACAUAGAGUUAUGAUAUCUUGAUUUUCAGUUAUUUAUUUUGCCCUGGAAUUGGGAUAUUUUGCUAUUCAGUUAUUACAUUUUGUCUUUCAGUUAUUAUAUUUUUGACUAUGAAUUAUUGCAUGUUCAAAAUUUGAAUUAUUGAGGGUUUAAACUUCAAUAAAGACAUGAUUG